UCUAGACUCUAGCUCCCCGGCUUGAUACAAUCUUCUUUUUUUUGUGCAUGCUUCCUGCCAGCCAUGCCAUGCCACUCUCCCAGUCUCAGUCUUGUUGAGAACUCUUCUUAUCGUGACAGAGCUGGGUAGUUUGGCUAAAAGUUGUCGUGUGCUCGUGUGCUAUCAGUGAGCAGAAAGAGUACAGUACAUGUCAUUGCACGACUCUGAAUACUAUUACCAGCUGUGAAUAGCGGCCCGGCCUAGUACUGGACACCCUUGACUGGCUUGAGCCAUUCAGUUGCCGAAUCAUUCGCGCCGGCCCCGGUCUCUGUGUGAAGAGGUUCAAUGUAUGUGAUUGUCGUGUGAACUGAAGGCCUCAGAAAGGAGUUUACUUGCUCCAUUAUUUCAGGGCUGCACCAACUUGUAAUUCGUUAGUGGAAUUGUUUCUCUUAUCGGCGAGAACUGCGUGACUCAAACCAGCCGAGUCGGUGGUGAGGGCGACCAUUGGUUUUAGACUGUGGGGUGCACCGCUGACGGAUUUAUCUUGGCCACGGUCGAUACACGUCACGGCGCCGCACCAUGUCGCAGGGCUCGCUACCGAGCAGAACGGGCAACGGCGGCGGCGGUGCGACCGCUACUGGCAAUGGCAGGGCGUCGGCACUGCUGUCGGGCGGUGGAGGCGGCAACCUCUCAGCCAAGGAUCUGCUCUCUCGUCCGACCACAGAAGCAAAGGUUGUUGUGGAAGGGACACGUCAAUCUCACCAGCUGGAUGUGGACAGCAUACGCCAGCUACUCAAUCCGUUCUCCUCGUCGCUCUUUGGAAACACGGAUCCAGCCAUUCUCAUAGAGCGGUCUUCCUACUGCCUGAGUAGUUUGAGUCCGGAGAAUGACGUGGUUGCGUUCGGCGCAUUCUGCAACUACCCGAAGCAGCCGCGAAUGAGUCGCCGGAUUCCGCGCCACGACUGGCAGGGCUGGAUACACGAGCACUAUAGCAACACAGACGACGUCAAUACGGUGAAUACAGUAUUCUGCCAUCAGCUGCUUGCAAAGAUGGGAUUUCAGCUUGGAAUGUUCACCGAGAUCAUAACGUCUAUGUUCCUACAGAUGCCUGACGUCGAUCACAUAUUCUUCACAGCACCGGAAGAGGCUGAUGUCGGUGUUGCGUUGAGAGAUCUGUGCGGUGGUGACGGUGGUUCUGUCAAGCGCCGACCAGAGUCGCUGGCAUCUGAAGAAAAGGAACGCGAGUUGACUUCAAAGCCACUGCUACCAUACCCCAAGUUGCUGCGGUGUAGUCGUCAACAUCAUGUUCCGAUGCUGCAUGUACGCCAAGCAAGGCAAGCUGACAGUGAUGACAUAACGGCAUUGUUCAGCGAUGAGGACAAGGCUUCGCUGUGUGAUCAAUAUGGAGAGCACUUCAUAGCCGAAAUUCUGAAACAAGACAGUGAAAACAAUGUAUCCCUUGUGGCCGAACAUUACGGAACGCUGGUCGGUUUCGUCAACACAACUUGCAACGUUGACGUGGCAGCGCUGUGCAAGAACUACCAGCUCGAGAUCUUCAACAAUCUGCGCCCGCGUCCGCAGACCGUUGUCGACAAUAAGCUUGUUGAUGAUCAGCUAACAAAGUCUUCGGAGGUUUUAACCGCUACAAGUCAAACAAUAGAUGGACCACCAGGCAUUGCGGUACAUGCCCCUAGUCCUGAGCCACCAGCUACCGACAGCAAGCAGUCGUCAAGUAGCAUUGGAAAAACAGGCGGCAAAUCCACCACAUCCGGUACUAGUGUCACGUCCAUUCUCAAGAGCAGCGCUAGCAAGACAUCGUCUGCAGCCCUGGGCACGGCUUCAACCACAGCGGCAGCAACCACCUCCGGUGUCAAACUAGAAGAUGUGACAGCUGGGAAACUAUCUUCAGGCUCCGUUGCAGACAAGUCAAAGUCAAAGCUGGGAGCACAAUCACGAGUAACAUUCAAAGAGCCACCAGGUGCGGAUUCUGAAAGUUCAACCAGUUCAUCCUCUGAGGUUGCACUAAGUCCUGUUCAGUCUGCCGUGAUAGCUGAUGGGUCUGAUGAUGCCAGUCACUCAGAGAGUGUUGUCAUGGACCAGACAAGGAAUGUCUUCUGUGUACGACUGUUUGCCAUGGACGAAAGUCACAACACUAGGUAUAUUGACAUGAUCCACAAACUGUUCCAGGUAUAUGAGGGAAUGGAGUAUUGUGUGGCAACACAGGAAAGCACCAGAAAGGAAUUGCCAAUCUAUCGAUGUUUCAUGCACACGGAGAGAGUGAUUGGCAACAACGAAAGUUCUGAGUUGUACCUCCUACACCGCAAUGCUCUCCUGCGUGACUACAAGGUGUCCUAUGUCAACACGACAGAUGUGGAUGCUGUUGAGGAGUACCUCGGUCACUUAGACGAGGGUGCUGUUGCACUAGAGGAUGUGAGGAAGUACCUGUUUGCUGGUCGCGAGCCGCUCAUCGAGGGCGGCGCUCUGCUUCACGCCGUGAAAGUGCAGUGCUGCGGGGAGGUGAUAGCUGUUGCUGUGUUACGGGAUGUUCUGGACCCUGAUUGGCUGCGUGCUCAUUACGACAUUGAGCAAGCAAGUGCAUUUGACUGGCUACACCCAGACGAACACAAGUACUUGAACCACUUUAUCAUCAACCCAGGAUUUCUGCCGCGCCAGAGAUUCAUCCUUGGGGAGAUCCUGCAUGUCGUCAGUGCUACAUGUUGUUACUAUGAAAUGUACGAAGGUCGCAACCGACCAGCACAGAGAGCAAAACCAUUUACCAUGACGCCUGCUUUGGAUCUGAUGGCAUGGGCUCGACCUCGUCGACAGAUUGUUUACCCGAAGAACACGGAGAUCAUGCCAUCUGAACAGAUACUUCGAAAGAAGCCUCGCUUUGGCCUGUUCCAGCUGAACCGCAAGUUGCUCUACGCAGAGCGGGAAGUGAUCAACACUCGCAUUGUCAUCGUGGGUGCAUCAGAUGCAGGUCUGGCUACACUGGAGAGUCUGACUAACUCGCCCUAUGUUCGUUUCAACAACCUGGUGGUGAUUGACCCGCAGGGUAUAUCCGGAAUGAACGUACCCCGAUUCACUGACUCGGAUGAUUUCCUACCGAACACUUUGUCCUACCCACCUUCCCUGGUCAGCCAGUCUGGACUCAAUGUUUGGGUGAACGUCAUCUACGCUAAGAUGUCCAGCCUGAAUCGUAAUCGACGUGAGGUUAUUCUUGACAAUAACUGCCGAGUUCCCUAUGAUGAGUUGAUACUCUGCACUGGAAUGCAGUAUAGUGGAGUUCGCGGUCUCAAAGCACCCUCAGAGGAGGUGUAUGGUAUGGACGUUAAGCGUAUGGAGGAUGAGUACAAGCAGACGGUGAUAUCCUACAACACGCUGGCCGAGCUGGAAGACACCAUGGCGCUGUGCAAACACAAGCUCAGCAAGACGAAAGGUCGAGUGAUCGUGUACGGUAAUAACGUCGAAGCGUUCGCCGCCGUUCAAAUGUUAGUGACCAACCAGGUGGUGGGAGAGCGCAUUGACCUGGUGCUGCCCACGCAGGGCAAAGUAUGGUCGGACGGCGAACCUCUCCUAACGGAUUGCUUUGAAGAGGAUGCCAUCACAUUGAGAAUCGACACGGAGCUGAGUUGUCUCGGAGUGCAAGUCUUUCCAGGUAUGACCCUGUUGGGAUGGACGUCUCACCAGGACGAGGAUGCUAAUCACAAACAUCUACUGGUUACUUUCCGGAGAGCAAAUUUGAAGGACGACCGCCAGCUCAAGGCUGAUGCCCUGUUCUACUUUGACAAGAAGACUGUAGACCAGGACGCCUUUCUGGCUAUGACUAGCUCACGGCUGGUGUUCGACUCGCGUCUAGUCAUCGAUGAGAAGUUCACAACGACUGACCCGCUCAUCCACGCUAUGGGACCAUGCACAAAGUUUCAGAGGAAGUUCCACAGGGACGACUGGCAGCCAGAGCGAUUUAGCAGCAAGGAGAUGGGUCAUAUGGUUGGCAAGCUUCUAAUGGACAAGUAUGCGUCAUCCAUGGACGACUACGCUGAGGAUGAGCAAGAAGAACCCAACAGGCAACAAUCCACGGCACCCUCGGCGCGUAUACCAAUGUUCAACGAACGGCUCAGCAUGCGUGCAAGCCUGCCUGGUAAUUGGACAUACAUCCGAAUUACCGGCCCUCCGAGAAUGGAUCUGGGAAGACAGGACAAGUCAAUGGACGAAGUCAUUAACUCUUUCACUGAACAAGACGGUGGAUUGCAACUGAAGUUUGUCCGAGGCCGUGUCGAUACUAUCACAGUGUUCUCACGCAUAGAGAAGAAUAUCGAAACCGACAACAUCACCUCCUUGUGGGGUUACCAUAGCAACAUGAUGAAGCACAUGAUCGAGCAGCAGCGCGAGGAAGAGAUCAAGGACGUGUUCGAGUUACUGCGUCGCGAGUUCAUGAUUAUCUACUACCAUGAUCGAUUCUCCGACUUGCAAGGACUCAUUCACUCUGUUCUGGAGCAGCCCCGGGAUGGCGGCAAUCAGGAUUCGUUGAUGGAAGUUGCUGCCAAGAUGAUGCAAGUCACACGUGGUCCGCUGGACAGUGCGGAUACACGGGAGCUGAAGCGGCAAUACCAACAGAGCGGCAUAAUCAACGAAGUACACCGCCUGAUCGUAGAGUUCAUCACUCGCAAUCACUACCACCUGCCCAUGUAUGCACUGCCAAACAUACUGAUCACAUGAUACCCAUGCUGCCCCUAAUAUGGUGGAAGAUGCACACUGUCCACCUUGCAGCCGUGUUGACCCGAAUAUGCUGCUUACUGCUUAAAAGAAAAUUAUCGUACACACUACUUACCUGGCAGCCAUAUUAGCUCUAGCUUUGUAUCUUCUGCUCUGUAUAAUUAUAUCUGACUAUGCUUUACAGAAUGAAUGCUGACUAUAGGUUGAAUGUUAUUUUGAACACCUGUUUUGACAGAAUCUGAUUUCUUUUUCUAAUUCUUAUGAAUUUUCUGUUCAAAAUCGAUCAAUUUCCUGUAUUGACAAAAAUCUGAUUGCCGACUUGUUGCUUUUCGUUUGCUUUCUAUCUGAUGAUCGGAAAUGUCUCCAUGUUAUAUUUUAUUGUUGUUGUUUCUUUGUUUUCUUAUUAUGUUGAGUUUGGGAUGGUGUCAGUGUUUUUAAGCUGUGGAAUAGUUGAAGUAGUGGACGGCGUACAUCAUUAAA